AUCAACACCGCGUUUGUUUGUUCAACUAAUUACAAUAAAUUAAACAUUAUUGUAAUACCGGUGUAAUCGACAAAGUCUCGAAGAAAUUCAAUGUUUGUAGUAAUCAUCACCCCACACGCUCAGAAACGUAAGCAUCUCUUCUUGAAGAAGAAAAAGAGUUAGACACACCCACUUAAUUUAUUUCCACAAAAACACCCUCUUUCUUCUUCACUUUCCUCAAUUCAUACAUAAAUAUACAAACAUAUCAUACACAUUACACUUUAUUCAAAUGGGUCAACAGCCAUCCAAAGAUGAGUUGCUCUACCAGCAGGUGAAUUCUGGGAAUAUUGAAGGUGUCAGAGCUCUUCGGAAUGAUGGGGCUGGGCUUGAGUGGUUGGAUAAAGAAUUGAAAACUCCACUUAUGGUAGCUUGCCUCAAUCCAGAGCUUCGCAAUGUUGCCAAGACAUUGAUUGAGUUGGGUGCCAAUGUUAAUGCUUAUCGUCCUGGGCGUCAGGCUGGGACACCUCUGCACCAUGCUGCUAAAAGAGGUCUUGAACAGACUGUGAAAUUGCUGCUUUCAAGUGGAGCAAAUGCUCUGGUGAUGAAUGAUGACUGUCAAACACCACUUGAUGUUGCUCGGGUUAAAGGGUGGGGCAACGUGGUUCGCGCAAUUGAGGCCCAUACUUGCUUAUUUUCUGGUUGGAUGCGAGAGUUUUAUGGGCCAGGCUUUCUUGAGCUACUUGCUCCGCAACUGCUUACACGAAAAGUAUGGGUCGUUGUUUUACCAUGUGGUUCUCGUAAUCCCUUGGGACCGUUUAGGUUGGAGCUCGCGAUAUACACUAAUCCACAGGAUGCCAAACCUCGUACAAUUAUUGCACUAUGGAAGGCCAAUCUGGAGGAGCUAAAUUUAAAUCAGGCAGAUCCUGCAGUGGUUAUUUCUGAUAUAUCCAACAUACCAAGGCGCUGGAGACGAAGGAGAGGUCUCUUGGCCUCACAAGAGGCAAGAUGUAGACCUCAUGGAUUUAGGCAGUCUCGGAUCAAACUUGCCCCUGCUAAAAUCGGUGACAGACAUCAGUUGCAGUGGUUCAGCAAUGCAUGUAAAGGAAUUCCUCAGGUGAUACACCCGACAUAUCCUCUCCCACCUAAAGUCCCUUCUGUUGCUGGAACUGGCCCAUCAGCAGCAGAAGAUUUAGAAUUAGCAAUGGCAAUCAGCGCCUCUCUUCAGCCUACUAUGCAAGACAGGCCACCAAAUCGUGUUACUCUUCCUGCAGAAGAUGCAUCCACUAGUUCAACAAACUCUACGCAGAUCAUGUAUCACAAUGGUUCAGCUGCUAUGGAAACUCCUGCUCCUCAUAAAGGUAGUAAUAAUGAAUCAAAACUCCAUGAGGUUGGUUCAAGUGGCACGUCUUCCCAACAUAUGGAUACUGAGCCUGACAUUCCUUCUGUAAGCCAUACAACAAAUGAGACCCCUGAUCCAGUUUCGGCCCCGUCGGCACCACUUAUAACAGAUGCAAUUAUAGAUGAUGGGCCAAUCCAUUACCCGUCAAUUGAUUUUACCCCAGUUGAUAUAUCCUCCCAAGAUGUCAAGACCCCACCUACUAUAACUGCUGAAAUGAAAGAAGAGGCUGGCACAUCGUCAUGUGUAAUAUGUUUGGAUGCCCCAGUUGAGGGAGCUUGCAUUCCAUGUGGUCAUAUGGCUGGGUGCAUGUCUUGCUUAAAUGAGAUCAAAGCCAAGAAGUGGGGAUGCCCAGUGUGUCGUGCCAAUAUUGAUCAAGUUAUACGGCUCUAUGCAGUUUGACUGUAAAGAAGGUGGAAAAAAGACAAUUCAUUCUCACGAGUGUGCAACUUGGGACUCGAACAGAGAAAGCACAGCAUGAGAUGCAUAUGGGCAAGCAACUUUCUGAAACAUUAUGUUUGUGUAUAUAUUGGGACCGAGUAGUUUCUCAUUGUUUCAACCGACUCGAAACAAUGAGUAUUUUCGUACUUGCUUGGAACCUUCAAGUGUCUAAAAGGAUUAUCGUGUGUACAUAUAUUAAACGAGCAACCAGCAUCAUCUGAACCUGAGCAAGUUGCUUGUGCAGUAAUAAUCAUAAAUAAAUGGGUAAUUUUGUUA